AUGAUAAUAUAGAAACAAAGAAAUUAAUAUUUAUUAUUAUUAUUAUAAAAACCCUUCCGGCUUUCUUGUCCAUCAUCUUUCUAUAUCCUCUCUAAACGCAAGUGGGAAAGGCAUCGUUUCUGUCAAAUUAUUUGAUGCCAUAGCAGAUUGGUUGUCUUUAAUAACCGCCAAAGACCUUCAGAUAAUUUCCGAAUCUUUUCAGCUGAAGUAGAAAUCUGUAAGUUAGUUUUUUACCUCUAUCCUACGUUUUAGAGCUGUUGCAGUUAUUAAUUCUCUGUCAACAUUAAAUUUGUAUGUUUUGUAUCCUCCGAUCUCAAAUAAAUGCCAGUAGCCCCUUUUUGUCAAACCCAAAUUACAAAGUAAAAAAAAAAAACGUCCAAUUUGCUGCUUACAUACCCUCGUCAAAAAACUAAAUAUCUCCUCUAAGAUUGGUAUCACCAGCAAAACCAUUGACACGUGACAUGCUUGAGCCAAUCAGAUCCCUUCAGAGGAGUAGGUUCACUUUUCUGUUGCUUCUGUUCAAUCAUUUAUAACGCAAGAAAAGAAAACUUACUUGGAAGAAACAAAUCUUGAAAAAAAGAAAACAUCUUCACACUUCACGAUGUUACACAAUUAAAAUGGAUAUGAACUCAAUAUGGGACACGAAAGGUCGUGGCUUGAUGUAACUUGAUAUGAGAGAAAUAGUACUUCGGCCUUAGGGGCUACUAGAUGAUAAUAAGUGUGUUCAGGAACUUUUGUCAAAUGCGUUUUGAAAGUGUGUUUUGCGUCGAAGUCUUCAUUGCCUUCGUCAUCCAUACCAGAUUGGUUCAUGGUGACGCGCGUUCAAUAAAAAACUCAAGUAAAGAUUCGACUAUUAAAGUUGCCCCGUGGAAAAAGGAGCUUAUGAUAAAAAAUUAUGGCAUCUUAAUACACGGGAUUAAAUAUCCAAAGCUUAACAGUGACCAAUUAAACAAAGGCAAGAUACAUCAUAAUCGGAAAAGUGGAAUGCAAUAUAGGAAGGCUAAACUGUCACGAAAUGGGGUUAUUGGCUUUAGAGAAAGGAAAACGAAGGCAGGAAAGCACAAUGUAUCCAAAUAUUACACAAGUACUUCGAAUAGUUCUACCAACAUUGUCUCUCAGAAUAACGUGACCAAUGAGACAGAAAAAUCAAGGCGCACAAUGGUCUAUGGUAAUGCAGGGGCUGGGGCUAGAAAGCGUGCCCAUAUCUCCCCAGUCCUGUUAAGUGCGAUUAAACUUCUACUGGACGAGAGAAACCACUUCAAGAAGGGUACCAAUGCCCUGGAGCUAGCAAAUGCGCUACAAAAUAAAGAUAGUAAGGCAGUAACGAGAAGCAAUCUCAUCCCUUUGGUUAUGAAACCGGGGCUCACACAAAACGGGUACCGCGCUCGAAUGAUACGCGUGAAGGAUGCCGGGUAUACCCCUACCGUAUCCAGGGAACAGCAGCGAAGGACAACAAAAGCGGGCGAGAAUUCCCGGCUUGUCGACCCUACUAAGCUUGGAAUAUCGAUACUCAAGUUGUUAUUUGGCAAGCAGGCCGCUUUGGUGACUCGCCCUAAGUAUAGAGAUUUGUUGAAUGUCAGGAAAGGAAGGCUAGAUGCUAAGCUGUUGGCGGGGUAUGGAAGUCCAAGGCAGAGAGAGCAGCAGCAACAGAAUAUCGAGAGAGAAAAUAGUAUGAUUGUCUUGAAAGGGAUUCGGGAGGAUAACUUUUACAAUGCGUUAGCAAAGUCUGUUAGCGAUCUCAUAAAAGCGAUGUCGAAAGAAGACAAGAAGGAGGAUAGCGGGAAUACUUUGAAUGAAAAAGAGGGGCACAAACAUCACCGAAACAUCACAUGGCCGAAACAUCACACGGAAGACUUGAAAGGUACAAGGAAAUCUUGGGUGUUGCUUAAGAUUCCGAAGAACGAGGCUCAGCAGUAUUCUGAGGACAACCCCAAGCAUGAGUCCUUAGGUAAACACCAUAACCUUUUAAGCGAAGUGAAGCUCUUCCAAAAUCCGAAGCCAAGCGCCCCUGUCAGUGAGAACACAGAGAGCAAGACGGUAGUGGGGGGUAAGACUCAAUACACGUUUUCCUCAGGAGGGGAGGGUAAAAAGGCAUCGGAGGAUUUGGAGAGCAUACUGGACAGUCCUCACGUUGACACAGACUCAAGGGAUGUGCCUCCGCAAGUAAUCUCAGAAACGAAAGAGAAGCUUGAAGAAAACAGUAAAUCGAAACUCGCGGAAGAAUCAACGACGCCUGGCACAAUGGCGUUCAGUUUGUCAAAGAUACUUAAAGCGAUUGAGGAGAGCAUACAGGAGUUAAAGACUCAGCAGAAGGAAACACUUGCGAGCAAGCCAGUCAUCGACGCUCAUUCUUCCAGCCCCUUGGCGGCCAUGACGGUGCCAGAAAUGGGACCUCCAAAAUCUGACCUCGCAUUUCCCAAACCACAGUCAAGUGAGGCAUCGGCUGUCCCCGAGUUGCUGUCAGCGAUCAAAAAGCUCCUGGGCUCAAAUGAACUACAGCAUGAGUCUACAAGCAAGACAAGCUUUGCCAGGAUUCCGAGUGACGAAGCAAACGCCGAGGACUCACUGAGACCGUCACCAGGAGAGGUUGCCAUGGGAACGAGAAGGUUCACAGAGGAGUCGGACCCACAGAACAGGCAACUGAACCUUAGACCCGCGGGAUAUGUGCGGGAAGAGCCGAUAACCCGGACAAGUCACCGGAUGCAGCCGUCUGAUAACGUUCUGUUUGAGUCGGAUGACGAUAUCGGGACACCUCGUGACACGCAGGCGACAGUGGAUGCUAUCAAAUUAAAGGAAGACCUUGAGGCUUUCGCAGAGAAAGGCCUCCAAGCCCAUAACAGAUAUCGUGCCGACCACCACGCCCCUGCUCUAAAAUGGUCCGACGAGCUUGCCACCCAAGCCGAGAAGCUAGCCUAUAACAUGGCCAUGAAAGGCACCAUCGAGCGCUCGGAAGUAGCAGCCAAACUAGGAUACGGAGAAAACGUCGCUAAAAUUACCGGCACCAGCUUCAAUAAGGCAGGCGAAGAGGCCACAAGCCUAUGGUACGCCGAAGGACAAAAUUACAGCUUUUCUGAUCCACGACUCUCGCCUAAAACGGACGCAUUCACUCAAGUGGUGUGGAAGUCGUCCAAGAAACUUGGAAUGGGUUGCGCGAGAGAUCUUCAGACCAAUGACCUGUAUGUAGUCGCUCUGUACGACCCAAUGGGCGAUGACCCCAUGGUGCUCCGAGCAAAUGUUCUUAACACGGGAGGGGUGACCCAGGACGUUUAUGCUUCGAUUUUUAAGCGAUUUCGAAUGGAUCCAAAGAUAUUUCAGCCGACUGGGGGGUCAACAGGAAAAAUCAUAGAACACAGAAGAACAAUGACCUGAAUUUACAAAGAUGUUCUUUUAGUUUUAAGUUGUGACGCGAUGAAUGAUGAGACUGCGUUCGCUCCUGUGGUGCCUUGAGAUUGAACCAAGCAUAGCGCUGUACCUAUAUCUAGACAAUAUACUGUACCAUAUUUGAAGAUUACAAUAAAGCUAUUUUUUCUA